AUGGGAGAAGAGAAAGAUCUUCUUCAACCUGGUGAUAAAAAUAAGAAAGUUACAAGAAAGCAGUAUUCGUCACAACGACCAAUGCUUGACGCCAAAAACAAUGCAAGUUGGAAUGAAUCAUUAAUUCGGCUAUCCCGAAUUUGCCCACCGGAUCAAUAUUUAUUACCAGUUGAGCCGAAAGACUUGCCAAAGUUUGAAAAAAUCGAUUUAUAUUUAAGAAGAUACCACAUGAAAGCUAUUCAAGAUGCUAAAACACAGUCUCUCGUGAGAAAGGCUCAGUUAAAGUCAAAUAUUAAUAAAUACGAUAUUCUAUUAUAUAUUGAUCCAGAAAUUCUAUUGGAAUUUGAUUCCACGCUUGGCAAUGACCUUCUUAAUAAUUUUAUCACUUCGAAUAUUGAGAAUGAUAUUACAACCGGUUGUAUUUCAAUCCUUCAAUCUAUAUUGGGUUCCGAUAAUAUUCUUAUGGCUGAACAAGUUCGAUGUAAAAUCCGGUUGGAAUAUUUGCCUGAAUUACCUGAGUGA